AUGAAUCCUAAAAGAUGUGCUGCUUGCAAAUAUCUGAGAAGAAGAUGUCCCAAAGAUUGCAUUUUCUCACCUUAUUUCCCUCCAAACGAUCCUGAAAAAUUUGCUUGUAUCCACAGAAUCUAUGGUGCUGGAAACGUUUCCAAAAUGCUUCAGCAACUUCCUGUUCAAACAAGAGCAGAAGCAGUGCAGUCAUUGUGCUUUGAAGCAAAAUGCAGAGUAGAAGAUCCUGUUUAUGGAUGUGUUGGGAUUGUUUAUUUACUCCAGACUCAAAUUCAAGAAACCGAGAAUCUUUUGGCCAAGACUCGAGCUGAGAUUGCUAUUGCUCAAACCCAUAAUUCUGAAUUUCUGUAA